GAGCCUGUUGACCACCACCACCAACAACAACAACAAGUGACGACACCGACGACAAUUGCAGUUCAAGAUGACCGACAUUGGCGAAACCUGGACCAGCUCUGUUCCAUCUCAACAUACUCACGAUCCAUGUCUUUCGCAUCCUGCAAUGGUCUCAUCAUCCGACUCUGUCCAAUCUCAAAGAAUCCUCACAACCUCCUCGAUGCUCGAGCCAAAGUCUAAUAGCCCACUCAUGGCAAAACAACACAAAAUCAUGUGGACCCCUGAGAUGGAAAACACUGCUCUAGAACUAUACGUCCGGGCCGUCCAAGAGGGAAAACGCUCGGAGAACGGCUUUGUUCCUGAUACUCAUCGAUCGAUUGCAAGACAAUUGAAUGACUUAUUCCCGAAUGUCGACCUCGACGAGAAAAAGGUCAAGUCAAAGUACAACCAGGGCUUCAAAAGGGAUUACGACACUCUAAAAUCACUCAGAUCUGCAGCCGGGUUUGAAUGGAACGAUAGCAUCUGUGAGGUCAUGGCUUGUGAUGACGUCUGGAAUCAACAUCUCUCAUCUCACCCUCAAGCCAGAAAAUUCCGAAAUAAUCCUUUCCCACAAUCCAGACAACUUGAGCUUCUUUUUGGACCUUUCGGACCCUCUGGGAGCAGGACUGAGUGUUUGCCUACUGCCAUGCCAUCUCAGUCCUUCGGUCCUGGAGCACUUCGCAAUCUCGAAAAUGCAUUCAUACCAAAAAACGAUAGUAGCGUAAUUUCUGAAGGCGCAACCCCGAUUUCCCGGGCCAGGAGUCGUAGCCGUAGUCCUACAAGGAACAGACCACAAUUCAUCACUCCUACGGACCGAUUGCCUGACAUACCAGACCAACCUCGCCCUCGCUUCUUUUCAGAACUUACCAAAGUCGAGCAGGCAGUCGAUCAACUACAGGAAGAAUUUGCACACCUGCUCAACGAAAUGGAGUUGUUAAAAGCGCUCAGUAUCCUUGAAUCCGACACUAAAGCUCAGGUUUUCCUUCGACUCCGGAGCCACGAUCUCCGCAUCCGUUGGCUCCAGCAGCAGUUCCGGAAUCUCAGAGAACCUUGAUCUCGUCCCUCACUUCACUUCACCUCAUCCAGCCAUCUUUCUUUUUUGUUAAUAAAUCGUGAAGCUAUUUUUACCCAGUUGGGGGAAGACCUCUGCCAUCCUCAACAUAUCAUCGACAAUUAUCAUUUAUCACACCCGAUCAUCGAAAUUCAUUCUAAUCAGUUCAAUGAUAUCACUUUUUUCAAGGCCCACACCAGGAAGCCCACCGGUCCACGCUCCCGCUGGAUCCAUGCACCACCGAGUAAAAUGAUUUACUCAUCAUCUGUCAAACCUCAAUGUUUUCAACACGCUUCUUCUCGAACUCUGGUAGUUGUCAUCAAACUCUCUCGACAUUGAUCGUUGGGCUCGGGCUUUUUUUUCUCAAGUGGAUCAUUGAUUUUAUGCAUCAGUUUGAUGAAGAACUAGAAACUAGCUUUCGAAUUUCUCGACGAUUUCGAUUCCCAUCGAAGAUUCAGCAAUUUCAAAUAUGUCUUCUCAUUAGUAUCCCGGGCUUCUUGUUAAUACAACCCAUACACUAAACUUACUCAAUUAAAUCACUCAUCGGUAACUUUUGUAAUCAUUGCGACACAAUUGAACCCAACAUCUAUGUACCCAGUUUAUCACCAUCCUCGAUUCGCCCACAUUUCGGUUUCACACUUCGGUUUUACAUUUGGUGAAAAUCCUUCAGUCAAUCGUUUCAUUUGCCCUUGAUACUUCUGCUGGUCAGCAACGUCAAAUCUCGGGGACUAUCAUCUCUCUUUCCCGCAUGCUUACGCUCAAUCUUACGACCGUUUCUUGUGCACCAUCAGUCGGCGCGGUCUUGGACUCCCGAGAAGCAUCUGCUCUUUAAGCUCCUGGAUCCUGAACAUUAUCCCCGAAAUUAUAUCGAUUAAUUCAUCUGCAGUCGCAGAAAAAUGGUCACAUCGCCUGUUCAGACCUGUCUAACUUGUACAUCAGCUUCUUGACUAUCCAUACCGAGGCUUUACCAUUCUUACUAUCCGAGUCCUGAAAAAAAGGAUUGUGUAUUGCUUUCUGAACUCCCAAUCAUAGCUUUUUUCUCCCCUAUAUCUAGGAUUGAGAAAGAAAACAGAAAUGAUAUCAUCACCAAGGUUUAACAGCUUGGAUGCUGGAUACAGCUCUCGCACCAAUCCGGUCAUCGUGCUCGGUUUAAGAACAACCUUUCGCAAGUUUCUUGGGUUUUGGCUUAUCUGAUCCCAAUCCUCAACUCUCGUCUGUUCGGUUCCUCCGGUGCUCAAUAAAAUUCGGUCUUCAAAGGUCAAACCCCGGACAAUCACUUCUGGUGUUUUUACUCCAGUAUCUAUGUGAUGGUUAUUGAACAAUCGUAGCUUUCAUCAGUUUGACAGAACAGAACUUACCCAUUUGCAAAAUAAACUUUUUUUCAUCUCCAUGACCAACAUAUGCGUGAGCCGCUUCUCAUCUUGUAUUAAAUUUUGUUCAUUCAUUGGUGCCCUCCUUUCUGUUCGUACUUGAACAUCUCUCAUCCAAUGACCACAGUCACAGAGGCUGAAUCUGCUUUCUCUUGCUAUAUGUAUAUGUUGUAGUAAUAUCUGUGCACGUUAUUUCUUUGGCUUUGUUCAAAGACCGAUAAGGCUCAUCGUGGCUCGACAAUCCGUGAAUGCUGGUAUAAUAUAAUGGCUAAUUGUUCGCGUUAUUUAUAAUUCCUUGAAAAGUAUCCCUUACAUACCCCCUUCUUGCUGCUUGGUUUCUAUAUACAAAAAUUGAAGGGGUCUACUUAGCAUGCAUGUGUUGUAUCUGAUUUUGCACAUAUAGCGCAUGAACUCAUUCCUUGUGAAACCAAAAUUUUACUUGAAAUUGUCAAGAAUUGGUGUGUUCGGGCACCUUUUCCGAGAUGCAGUUUCGAUUUGACUCGAG